AGGAGAUGGCGAAACCAAAGAGAGACGAACUGAAUCAAAUCCUUUCUAGUUAUCUCAACACCAUUAACGAUACUCUCCAGUUGUUCAAGCACUCACCGCCUCCGACACAAGUCAAAAUAAACUGGAACGAUGUACUUCAGAUGUCUGAUCACCUCUCCAGACAAGCCACCAUAGUGGGAAUGCUAUGGACUGGAGAACCUCCAAAAGCUGAAGCAUUGAAAGAGACAAUGGAGUCAUACUACAACACCCUUCAAGGAUUCUUGCUGCUUUGCCAUGGAAGCAUGGUUGGUGCUGGUCCUACACUUUCUUCAUCCAUACAAGCCUCUGUGAAGCAGAUUGUUGAUUCCAGCUUCAAGUUGCUGCAUGAUUCUGUCUCCUUAUACGAUUCAAUAUUCAAAUCUUGGAGCACAGUAAAGAUUUGUUCAACGUCGUUGGACUCCAUGGCUUUGUCUAGACGAGUCUUGUGAAGCUUCAGGUUUGUCGCUCUUUGACUCAGAGGACCCUUUCAAGAUCAUGUAAAGUUGCAUUUGCCCCUGAUUUAAGCUCGCUAGUUUCGUUGUCACUUUUGUUGUUGUUGUUGUUUUAAACAGCUCCGCAGAAUGUUCUUAAGCUACUGCAUCGAUACAAAGGAGAUGUAGCCGUCCUUGUCCGUCCUUGUCGCACAGAUCUGAAACAUGACAUUUAAA